GCGGGAAGUCGUGUGUGACAGAAAUCCUUCAGCUUGUUUACGAAAAUAUAAAUUUGAUGUUUCAGCCUUAAUUUAAUCAGCAUUGAGUAAUAAAACGGUUAAAUGACAAACGCUUAAAAUCAACAGCGCAGACACUUACCUUAGGGUAAACAUUUCUGACUGGACUUUACUGAAGUACGGUCUCCGUCGAGAGUGCUUAGCUUUUGCUAAAAAAACAACAACAGCAUUUUAUCCGUGUCUGUCAGUCAGCAAAAGGCAACGAUUGUCAUUCGUCGUUUCAUUAAUCUAAUCUGAGUUAAAGAUGAUGCGUAAGAAGAAGCGCUCUUCCACCACAGUGGACAAAGAUUCCACACUUGAUAUACCAAAGUCCAAAAAGACCAAAAGCAGUGGGCGACCCACAAAGUCUUCUGUACAGAACUCUCACCCGGACUCAGUUUUUGGUCAGUUCUUGAAGGAAUCUGGUGUUACAUUGACUCCUGGCAAUACAGCUAAUGAAAUUGCUGUGGACCAAGUUAUAUUUCAAAAGCGACUCCAGCAGCGUCUUCGAAAAAAUCCCAGAUUCCCCAAUGAGUUCAUAUCUGGGCUGGAAACAUACUUCGAAGAGCCAGAGAGAUUCAGAAAUUGCCUGCUUCCAUGUGUGCCAGAAUCUGCCGGAGAGGAAAAUACCAAUUCUGGUUCCUAUCAGGAGAGUCUUGUGCGCUUGUUGCUUGGAAUAGAGAUGCUACAGACCCUGGUUAUAAACAUAUUGUUUGAAAAGCUUCCAGAAUUCAUGUUUGAGGGAGUGUGUGAGGAUGGCCUCAAUGUUCCCCGUCUCAUUAUUAACCAGUUAAAGUGGUUGGACAGAAUCAUAGACGGCAAGGAUUUGAGCAGUAAGCUGAUGCAGAUGGUGUCUGUGGCUCCUGUGGAAAUCCAGCGGGACAUUAUAACCAGCCUACCUGAAAUCCUGGAGGACUCCCAGCAUGGAGAUAUGGCCAGAGAACUGAACGGUUUAUUGCAGCAAAACACUCAGCUCACUGUGCCUAUUUUGGAUGCUUUGUCCAGCCUGAAUCUGAGCUCUGCAUUACUGUCAGAGGUGCGUGAGGCAGUGAUGGGAACUUUGUCUGCUGUGCAGUUAGAGGAUCUUCCUGUUGUAGUGAAGUUCAUCUUGCACUCCAUCUCUGCAUCUGAUGUUAAUGAGGUGGUGUGUGAUUUGCGUAAAAAGCUGGAGUUGGAGCAGUGUGUUUUGCCAGCAGUGCUGCAGGCCUCCCAGAGUCGCAUGCACAGUAAAAAAGCAGCAAGGUCAUCCAGUGUCCCAUCAAGCAGCAAUGGUCAGGACAGCGUGACUCUGAUUCUGGAAGUCAUAAAGUCAGCUAUCCGCUUUCAGAAGACCAUCACAGAGGCCUGGCUGAAGGCCAUAGAGAAUGUUGAUGAGUCAGAGGACCACAAGGUGGUUGAUCUGUUAGUGCUGUUCAUCCUUCACUCCACUAAUGCAAACCACAGCCGACGUGGGGCCGAAAGAGUGUUUAAGAUCAAAGUUCGCAAAGGUCUUAUUCAGGAAACCCUCCUGCAGAAGGCCUUCAAAGGUCAUGCUCAGGUGAUGCGGGGUUAUUUCUCCUCGAUUCUGGCUCUAGCUCAGGGACUCUUGCGAUCUCCAGACUGCUGUGUGGUGCCUUUCGGAGGUCACAUGUACAAACAGGCCUUCACUGCCUUUGACUCCUACUGUCAGCAGGAGGUGGUGGGCUCUCUGGUCACACAUGCGUGCAGUGGUGUGAGUGGGGAGGUGGAUGUGGCUCUGGAGCUUCUCUGUGAGCUGGUGUCUCAGAGACCUACAGAGAUGAGCCAGUUCGUUGCUUUUUUGAAGGGUAUUCUGGACUACAUGGAUAACCUGAGCUCACAGCAGAUCAGACGACUAUUCCACCUGCUCAGCCGCCUGGCAUUCGGACAAGAGCAGCAGGGAGGGCACAUCCAGGAUGACAUGCACAUCGUCAUCCGUAAGCAGCUGUCCAGCACGGUGCCCAAGUACAAGCGCAUUGGUAUUAUUGGUGCAGUUAUGAUGGUGGGCAGUAUGGGGGCCUGCAGAAAUAAGCCUGAUGGCUCUCAAGGUGGCACGCUGCCCAAAGAGACGCACAGACAGGUGAUGGCUCUGUUGGAGCUGGUACGUUCAUGCAGUGAGAGUUCUCCUGAAGCUGCUGCUCUCUGUUAUGAUGAGCUGGCCAACCUAAUGCAGACCUGCAAACUGGACCCUCUUGUGCAGGCUUGGAUAGGGAAGAGUGUGUUAGAAGAUUUCCAGGAAGACUUUGUUGUUGACCUUGGACCUCAGAUAUCAGGUUUGUUUGUGUUUCCUGCCUCUGUGAUGUACAAUCUGGAUGAGGAGGAGAGUCAGGGAGGAAUUGCUAUCAAUCUUCUGCCUCUAAUGGCUCAAGACCAGCAACACAAAACAGACACACCCCAACCAGCUGGAGUCAAGAGAGAGAGGCAUGUGUCUCCUUUGUGUCUGUCCCCAUUUUUCCGUCUGCUGAGGUUGAGCGAAGAAGCGCAGCAUCAGGGAGAUCUGGAGGAGAUUGAUGCUCUGUUAGGAUGUCCUCUGGUUCUAACUGAUAUGGAGGUGGUGCAAAAGGUGGAGAGUUUGUCUAAGACUGAGAGGGAGUUCCUCUGUUCAUUGCUCUUCCACACCAUCAACUGGUUCAGAGAGGUGGUGAAUGCAUUUUGCAGGCAGAAAGAUCCUGAGAUGAAAAUGAAGGUUGUGACUCGCAUUCAAAACAUAACUUCCCUUCAGAGUUUACUGCAGAUGUGCUUGACAGCAACACCAGGCUACAUUCCUCCUCAGGCUAACUUUGAUGGAGAGAGUGCUGAGGGGAUGAUGCCCUCCUCCUCCAUCGCUCCACCAAAGAAAGCAAAGAAAGAGUCAACUGGGAAGAAAAGGAAGGCCUCAGCGAGUAAAAACUCUUCAGCAGACAAGUCAGAGCUGGAGGGGGCCACAGAAGCAGAGGAGUCUCAACAGGACCAUCCGGAGAAAGAAAGUGAGAAGGAGAAAGAGAAGGAUGCCAAAUCAGGGGUCAGUCUGUCAUCCUACUGGCCGUUCUUCAGAGAGCUGGACGUUGAAGCUCUGAGCGUGCUGCAGUGUGGCCUUCUGUCCCGAACACUACUGGACACUGAACUACACAGCAAGGUCAGAGAAGAAGUGCAGUUGGGCCCUGCCGAGUUGCACUUCCUGCUGGAGGAUAUGUGGCGAAAAAUGGACUUCAGUUUGGCUUCUGCUCCCGCCAAGAAAGCUCCAUUUCUCAAAAGUAAGACAGACAGAGCGGUGGGCUUUGCUCACCUGCAGCAGAAAAAUGCCAAAGAAAUCGCCACCUGUUGCAUUGAACUGCUGCCCACACUCUGCACACACCUGGAGAACUGCCACAAUCACUUUCAGACUGUGCUCUCUGAGAAUCAGGGUGUUGUUGAUGCUCCUGGUGUGGAUGUGAAGGAACAGCAGCUCAUGUGUUCAGCCUAUCAGCUCUUACUGCAAGUGCUACACACCACGUUCAGCUGGGCAGGUUUCUCUGGUCCAGAGCAUCGUGCUCUGCUGAAGAAUGCCCUUGGGGUCCUGGCCAGCCGACUUAAAGAAGAAGAGACAGACCUGACCCUGGAUCAGCUCAGCAGGCAUGCUUUUCAGUACCUGCAGAACUUCCGAAGCACAGUGCCCAGCCUAAGCACAGCCCUGUGUCUGACCCAGCUGCUCAUCGUGCUGUCCCAGUAUGGAGGAUCAAACCACAGGACCUACAGAGAACAGAUCUCAUCUCUUGCGAGGCAUUUUCUCUGUCAGGAAUGGGUUACAGUGAGCGGAGAGAAAGAACGAGGAAACAAAUACAAUGACACUCUUCAAACCCUCCUCAGUAUUUAUCUGGAGCACACAGAUGAUGUUCUGAAGGCGGUGGAGGAAAUCACGAGCGAGGGAAUUCCAGAGCUGUUGAACGCUGCUAAAGACGCCAGCUCACGUAGCUGGCCAACACUCAACAGGCAGACCUUCCUUGUGUACUACAAGAGCAUGAUGGCAGAGCUAGAGAGAGCUGUACGCAAGAUUCCUCCCAGCAAACAGGCGGAUAAUCGAGAGGUGCAAAGUGAGAAACUCUUAACAUGGAAUCUAGCUGUGCGGGACUUCCACAUCCUUAUAAACCUGGUCAAGGUGUUUGACAGCAGGCCAGUGUUCACAGUUUGUUUAAAAUAUGGUCGUCUUUUCCUGGAGUCGUUUCUUAAGCUUGGAAUGCCUCUGCUUGACUACAGCUUUAAAAAACACAAGGAGGAUGUCCAGAGUCUACUGAAGACCUUUCAGCUAAGUACUAGACAACUCCACCACAUGUGUGGCCACUCAAAGAUUAGGCAAGAUACAGGGCUGACCAAUCACGUUCCAGCCUUAAAGAAAAAUCUAGAGCAGUUUGUGUAUCGUGUGAAGGCCAUGCUCGCUCUUAACCACUGUCAGGAGGCCUUCUGGCUGGGGAACCUGAAGAACAGAGACCUAAAGGGUGAAGAGAUUCUCUCACAAAGGUCACAGGCAGCUGAUGAAGAAGAGGAAGAGUCCUCUCAGUUGCAAAGUGAAGUGGAGCAGGAGAGUGACUCUGAUGAGAGAAACAAUGGACAUCAAGAGGAAGAAGUAGAGGAAUCUGAUGAAUCAGAAUAAUAGAAAGCAAGAGAACAUCUGAAGGGUUUCUUUUCAUAAGCACACGAACAGCACACUAUUAGUACAAAGUAAGACUUUGAGAUUUGUGAUCUCUGAAAUUAAAAUGGAAAAGGCAAAUAAAUAUAUACUUUUUCUGGUUAAAGCUGUUGUGUAAUGUUGACAAGUUAUCUGUAAUCAAGUGGUUUCUCUAAUUGUGUUUGCCUGUUUCAAUGGUAAUUAGUUUUCAUAUUUCAAUAAAAGUAAUAAAUGAAUGUCAA